AUGAUUAGACACCUAAACUAUUACCGUUGCAGCAGCUCAAAAGGGUGUGGGGCCAGAAAGCAAGUUGAACGGAGCAACGCCGAUCCCAAUUCUUUCAUCAUCACUUACACCGGCGAACACAUUCAUCCACGUCCGACUCACCGGAAUUUCCUCGCCGGAAGUUCUCGGAACAGGUCACUCUCCUCCGUCACCAACAAAAACCCCACUGGAGAUCCCAAUCCAUCUCUGACCACCACGGCUCUGGUGGGCUCUGGUUCUUCACCGGCUGAUUCUCCGAUGACACCGUUCAACGAUGACUAUGGCGGAGGAGACGAGAAAGAGGGAGAGAUGUUUGAGGAUAUGGCGAUCGAUAGCGAUGAUGAUUACGACGAUAUUCUGAUUCCAAACUUGAUGGUGAGAGAUGAAAUCUUUGCUGGGUUUGAUGAGAUUAGGAGGCGGCGACCACCAUAAUUCCGGCAACCGUGGGGGCGGAUUGAACUGAAAUAAUACUUUUCUUAAUCACAGAAUGACUUUAGUCAUAUAAUCAUGUAAUUAGAUUUGGUUUAAGUGAAGUAAUUUUAAGUUUUUGUUAAUUCAAAAUUUACA